GAAUGUAGCUGCACAUAGCUAUGUUUGCAUGUUAUUAACUGUACAAAAAGCUGCAUGCUUGUAAAUACGUACAUCAAUAAAAUAAACAUUAAUUCAAAAUUAAGCCACACGAGGCUAGUAGCUAUCUACGUGCAACCUACCUACCUAUCUACCUGCAAUAAUUAUAACAACGUAUUUACUGCGAAACUCUUCUAAUCCUCUGAGUAACAGUAUGGAAUUUGCAUAGUGUCCCCCCCACCCCCCACCCCCCACCGCCGCUGCAGUGAGUAUGGAGGUCAAGUAUUUGCUUGAUUAUUUCAUGGUUCAUGAGAUUUGGGUCAACUGUCUCCCUCGCUUAAGCCGGAGGUCCCCAGCUUAAAGUUCCACUUCUUAAACGGAAGGCUUUCGUAAGUGCAUUCAUGUUAUAUUUCCCAGUGUGUUCUUGCCAAAACUUGGACAAACAAGCCCGGAUGCUCCCUGGGAUUUCCCCUCUUGCACCCCGCCCCCUGCAGUGGCUGUUUGCCCUUAUAUGUCUGCAGGGGUGCAAAUGACAGGAAGACUUUUGUUUAUGUGUGCAGGAGCUGUCACCUUGCUUGAGGUAGCACCAGUCCGGAUGUUGUCCGAUGUACUGCAGAUCGUCAUGGCAACCACGGGACCGUUGGUGAUUCCAGACCACUUUUAAAGGUGACAUAUGCUUCCAACUUUGCAGGACUUGGGGCCACACAUGGACGUUAAGAUGCAGGAAGUGACCGGCCGCUUUGCCAAGGGGGUUUAGACUCAAUGGCUUCCGCCCAUUGGAGAGCUUGUUUAGUAAUGUUGUCACUUUUCCUUAAACCCCCACCCCCACCCCCACCCCACCCCCACCCCCCCCACCCCUCCAUCCGUUCUUCUCACAAUGCCUGGAAGCAGCCGAGACCCACAUGUCCCACUCUGUUUUCUUUGUCCAUGUUGUCCUUUUUUUAAAUUACAAAGCGCUGCAAUGAUCCGUCUAAACAGCAAAUCAGAGCGUAAGCAUGCUUGCUGACACUGACGUCUUGUGAUGGCUUCGCUCUCCACAGGACUAAAAAAUAGUGGAACAUUUUUGACAGAAUUCAUUGCCUUAAGACAGGGGUGUCCAAACUUUUUCCAGUGAAGGCCACAUACAUAAAAUUUGAAGGAUGCAGACGGGCCACUUUGAUACAUUUUGUAUAUUAAAGACACGAAAACUAAUCCAACGUAGACCAAUAUAUGCCCCGCUAUCUGAACAAAGCAUCCCCAUCGCAUAGCUUUGUGUUAUAGGUACAAAGCAUUGGUUUAAUAACUAAUAAUAUAUUCCAUGACUAAUAGUUUAAUUGUAUUUUAAGAAUAUGCUGAGGGCCAAUAAAAAACAAGCUGUGGUGUAAUAAAAAACUCUGGACACCCCUGUGUGUGGAGGAUAGGCCCUUUACUCAAAAGUAUUACACAAUGCUGCUUCAGCAAAGUAAGAUAAUGCCAAUCAAUUAGUGUCUCUUUGAACGCAGGUUACACCCAUUAUGAGGUAACUUUCGCCUAUUUUUUUUUAUUGAUAUGUGAUCCCUGUAGCUCCCAUGCGUGACCCCUGCCCAGUGCCUUUUCUCCUCCCUUGUCUCGUACUUGCUUAUUAUUAUUGACGGAUGUAGUGCACUGGAGUUUUUUCAUCCACGUCUCUGAGCAGCUACGCAGGAUGCAUUUAAAAGUUUGUGUGUGUUGGGGACCAAGUGGGGUUGGGGGGUGGUGGAGGUGGUGGGCGGCGGGGGUUUAGUUCCUGCACAUCUGUCGGCUGCAUUUCUCCCAAGGCAGGGAAAAGGCUGUUUUUCACCAAUGAGCAGACGGGGUCUCCCAGCUAGAAGCCACAAUGUUGUCUGGCUUCCUUCCACUUUGUCAUCAGAACACAUCCACGCUCUCUUAAGCUCUAAAUUGCUUUGCUGUGAACUCCCACUAAUAAUAAUAUCAUGUGUUAUGAGCCCUGUGUUAAUGUUAACAAUUCAACAGUCCAUCUUCCAGCUUCCCCUGUCCUGGAGAGAGGUGAAGGCUGUCGGAAAGCGUCGGUGGGGGGAACUUGAUGUUUUGAUGGCUUGUCCCUGGACAAUGAAGCACGUAAGCGCCUCUCCUCGCCUCAUCAAUAUUUUUUUCAGCAGGACCCCACAACGCUUUCCUGCCAUUGCUUUGCUCUCAGCAAUGGGGGUUUAGACAAACUAAUAGCCCACUAAAAAUACUUGGACCUCAGAGCGCCGGCCAGGCCUUUUCCUGCGCGUGGGCCAUUGAGGAAAGAGGAAAUACAAGGAGGGGUGUGCGGGUGGUGGGGGCUUCUCUCAACAUUAUAAAGAGUCUCCUCUCUGCAUCCUCCUCACACACUGCUGAUCAGAGCCAGUGCAAACCCCCAUCCCCACCUUCAUGUGUGACUGUAGGAGCCUGAGGCGAGGGGCUUGAGGUCAGCACGGGCACGUCGGUUCUCGUCCCUGCUGGUCGGGGUACGAGUAGGGAGCUGGUCUCACCUAACACAAGUGUCCGGGACACUUGUGUCUAUUUAUUCUUUGUCUUACACAUCAGUAGGACAGCAUGAUGGAAGCGGCGGAAAAAUCCAGAGUGUCCAGUGGCUACGUGAAGGAGUUCACUCGCCACUGCAACGACGUGCUGCUCAACCUCAACGAACUGCGGCGCCGUGGCAUCUUGACAGACGCCACCCUAGCGGUGGGUGACGUGCACCUACAGGCGCACUCUGCAGUGCUGGUGGCCUGCAGCGGCUUCUUCUAUUCGCUCUACACACAUCACAUGUUGCUCCAGAGUGACAGCAGAGAGCAGUUCAUGACUGUGUCCCUCCCCAGCCACCUGGAGCCAAGCAGCGUUUCCCUCCUGCUGGACUUCAUGUACACCUCCCGCCUCCCACUGACGCCCGCCAUCGCCCCUGGCGUGCUGGCUGUGGCAGCCUACAUGCAGAUGGACCACGUGGCGGACACCUGCCGGACCUUCAUGCAGCUGCACUGCAGGGAAAAUAUAAGCAUGAGACAGCCCCAACUGGUGCUGGACCCCAGGGUGUCUGUAGCCUCUGUGGCCCCUAAAGGUGUAGACCUGCCUGAUCCUGGACCACUAAAGUUUGCCCAGGCAGCAGAGAUGGUCAAGUUCCCAGGGGAGGCCGGGCGUCCGCUCAUGCCAGGGGCUUUCCCUAGCCGGAAGCCUGGUUGUGAAGAGAUGAAAAAGGAGCCUGACUCGCCCGUUCCAGGUAUCCCGGCUCCGUCUCCAGACAGUCCUGCACGCUCCAGCUGCCAGCCCAGCUCACCUGCUGAGUCCAAAACCUGCAACAAAAACCUGGUGAGUGACACCAAAACCACCCCUGACCCAAAGGUCUGCAACUGGAAGAAGUACAAGUACAUCGUCCUCAAUCCUCUCUGUGCUGGGAGCAAUGUGAAGGAGGAGGCGGAGGAAAGCACCACCGUGACCCUGCAAGCCCCCACAGAGGCGUGGCCUGGAGAAGUGCCCGGUCAGAUUAAUAGACAGGGGCAGGCCUCCUGCUACGCUGGUUCUGGCCGAGCCCCUCCCCUCGGGCCAUGCACCUCAUUGGAGGAUGGAACAGGCGCCACUCAUGAAGCCGUAAAGAGAGAACGCUACUGCACGCCUUAUGGUUACCAUAGCAACAGCGGAGGAGCCAAAACCGUCCUGUCGGGUGAGAAGCCGUACCGCUGCACCGUGUGCAGCGCCCAGUUUAAUCGGCCCGCCAACCUGAAGACCCACGCUCGCAUUCACUCCGGAGAGAAGCCGUACCGCUGCGACACCUGCGGCGCACGGUUUGUUCAGGUUGCUCACCUGAGAGCGCACGUGCUGAUCCACACGGGGGAGAAGCCUUACCCCUGUCACACCUGCGGCACUCGCUUCCGACACUUGCAGACCCUCAAGAGCCACCUGCGCAUCCAUACAGGAGAAAAGCCAUAUUCGUGUGAAAAGUGUGACCUCCACUUCCGACACAAGAGCCAGCUCCGCCUUCACCUGCGACAGAAACACGGCGUUGUCACCAACACCAAGGUGCGCUACAAGGUCCUGACCGAGCCCUACCCACCCAUUCUGCAGGCCUGCUGAAGAAAGCUCUCAAGCACGGUCUCCAAAAUCAUAAUUGAUUAGGGCAGGGGUGUCCCGGGGGCAUUUUUGCCUGCAGCUCAUUUUUUACUGGCCUGCGGCACUUGCUAAAAAUACAAGUAGUUUAUUAUUAAUGAGAUUUAUUAUUAGAUAUACUUAUUUUCUUUGUCACCGAUAACAUAAAGCUCUGAUGUUUCAUUUUGAUAUCUUACCAUAUAUUGACCUACACUGGAUCUUUAAUGCACAAAAUAUAUCAAAAUGGACCCCCAGCAUCCUGCAAUUUCUCUGUAUGCCACCCUGGACACCCCUGCAUUAAGGGAAGCUAUUUUGACGCUACAUGGGCGUCCUUGUUGGAUUUGAAGUGAUGCAGAUGAUGCUACAGGAAGUAGUUUGGCAGGUUUGUGAAGAGUUGUGAGGAGAGAAUGAGAACGAGUAGAGGAAGACUAGAAAGAAAUUGUCAUGUUUGAGCAUGUACGCAAAUGGCUGGAAGGAAGUCUGAUCAGAGUUGGUUAAUAGCACUUAGUGUUGAUUUAGAAGUCGAGUUUUGCACUCACAUUUCUAUUUAAGUGGCUUGAUGUGUGGAGGCCUGGUGCCCACAAGCUGUUUUGUGAACUCCUUUACACUGCUGAAAGAGUCCAAGCAGGCAAAGGACUUUUGCAGACAUAUAACAAUACAACAUGUAGUCUAGAAACACUUAGGGAUUGGAUUUGCUGGCCAAAGAUUCUUUGUAUAAUUUGAAUUAAAUACUUUUUUUUUUUUAAA